AUGGAGGAUGCCCGCCCCUGCCAACAGCCCUGGAAAACCCCAGAGGUCUUUGCGUGGGAGGACCGAAGGCAUUUCCCCCGACUUCCGCUGGAGAAGUCUUUGACAUACGAACCGUUGGCAACGCGUUUGGUCCACAGAAAGUCCUUCUUACCAGAUACUGGCGGGUCUCACGGCUGUGGGCUUGCUUUUCCCUCUCUCCUGACACCACCCAUACAAGUCAUCAUGCCUGCCGAAAAGGAGAGCCCCCGCAUUCCUCCUGAAGAAAACCUUCAUAUCUUCAGUGAGGCUGAGGGUCUGGAUGAUAUGUUCUUUGAUGAUAUUGUGGAGGAGACGUCAUCUUCCUCCUCUUAUUCUCCAAACCCCAUCUAUGAAGAGGAUGCUCUGAAUGAAUAUGCCUCUUCCCCUACUCUCAUGAUUACAACAGAGAGAUCUGAUGAAGACGCCAGCAAUCAAGAAGACGAAGAUAAGGCAAGCAACUUGCAGUCUCUACCAGGCAGUGACAACUUGCUCAAGAAUCCUAUAGAUGAGAAGGUGGCUAUAUUGGUGAAUUUUCUGCUGCUCAAGUAUCAAAAGAAAGAGCCAAUCACAAAAGCAGAUAUGCUGAAUGCUGUCAUCCAAGAGUACGAAGAUUACUUCUCUGAGAUACUCCUGAAAACUUGUGAGCGCAUGGAGAUAGUAUUUGGCCUUGAUGUGACGGAAGUAGACCCUAUCAACAAUUGUUAUGCUCUCCUGAUUAAACUAAACAUCACCUAUGAUGGAAUGCUGAGUGAAACCGAAGGCAUGCCCAAGACCGGCAUUCUGAUUCUCCUCUUGGGUGUGAUCUUCAUGAAAGGCAACCGCGCCACUGAGGAAGAAGUCUGGCAAGUGCUGAAUAUGAUGGGUAUCCAUGCUGGGCAGAAGCACUUCAUUUUUGGGGAACCCAAGAAUUUAAUCACCAAUGAGCUGGUGAAGGAAAAGUAUGUGGAGUACCGGCAGCUGCCUGGCAGUGACCCUGCGUGUUAUGAAUUUGUUUGGGGUCCAAGAGCCAACGCUGAAGUCAGCAAGAUGAAGCUCCUAGAAUUUCUGUCAAGAGUCCAUGGGCGAGACCCACGUUCUCUCCCAGUUCAGUAUGAUGAGGCUUUGAAAGAAGAAGAAGAAAGAGCCCAAGCCAAAGCUGAGGCCAGCCCUGAGUCUACCAACAUGGCUGUGGAGAAUUCCAGUGCCACCUCCAGCAGCUGCUCCCACCCAUAG